AUGGAUCAAAAUAAGCCAUCAAUAAUUUUUUGUUUGGGCCCUCCUGGUAGUGGUAAAGGGACUCAAUGUGCAAAGAUUGUUGAUGAAUUCUCAUUUAUCCAUUUAAGUGCAGGAGACUGUUUGAGAGAAGCAAUGUCCAAAAAGGAUGAGACUAGUGAAUUAAUUGACCAUUUUAUUAGGGAAGGAAUGAUAGUUCCUGUUGAAAUCACCGUUGGUUUAUUAAAGGAAAAGAUGCAAGAUCAUGGUUGGAAUGGUAAGUAUUUUUUGAUUGAUGGCUUUCCUCGUAAUCAAAAUAACCUUGAUGGCUGGUACAGGAUUAUUCCAGAUACUGAAGUUAAUGUUAUUGGUUGCUUAUUUCUUGAUUGUGAUGAUGAAAUCGUUGUUGAACGUCUUUUGCAUAGGGGAGAAACUAGUGGACGUGUUGAUGAUAAUAAGGAAACAAUCAUUAAGAGGCUUGAAGUUUAUCAUGAGAAUACAACCCCAAUUAUAGAACAUUUCAAAAGUUCUGGUAAAUGUUUCACUGUGGAUGCUACUGGUUCCAUAGAAUCAGUUUGGGAAGAUUUGAAGAAAUUAUUUAAGGAAAAGAUUAUUUCAAAUUAA